UUUGGUCUAGAGAGAGAAACACAGAAGUUCUCUCUCUCUCUUCUCUCUCUCUAACUUGCUUUAUAGACCUAAGGACAACCCGACGCGUUUCUGCUAUCAUUUGUGAUUUUACGCGGAGGUGAGAGUGGGGUGCGGCUCCUUCUCUCUCUACGUUUUCCGAUCUUUGAUCGUUCUUUGUUAUUGCUGAUAUCUCCGGCAUAUGAGGCUCAAUUCCGGCGACUAUUCAAUCUGUCUUGGAAUCGAUCGAACCCUCCCCGUUCCUUUUUCUUUUAAUCGCCACUUUCGUGAAAUUUUCUCGAUUCCUUUUUCAGGUCGAUUCCCUGAACGGUGAAGUUCACUGUAAUUCACUUUUGAGGGUCCAUUUUUGGGGCUUAUUACUCCUCAAUUUGAUUGGUUUUUGGGGGUUCCUUUUUGGGUAUAAUUCUUCUCAUCCCGCUUAGAGAUUUGUGGCUUUUUGGGGUUUAGGGUUUAUUCUAGUCCGUGAUUCAUUCUUCAAAUUGGGGGAAUUUUUGAUCAGUUCGAGAUGGGUCCUGUUUCUUUGCCACCUGGUUUUCGAUUCCACCCCACAGAUGAGGAGCUCGUCCUUUUCUAUCUGAAAAGGAGAAUCUGCGGUCGCCCUGUUCCGCUUGAUGUCAUUGCAGAUAUUGAUAUCUAUAAAUGCGAGCCAUGGGAUCUUCCUGAUAAAUCUCUGUUACAGAGCAGAGAUAGAGAGUGGUAUUUCUUCAGUCCAAAAGAUAGGAAAUACCCAAAAGGAGUUCGAAUAAAUAGGGCUACUCAAGCUGGGUAUUGGAAAGCAACAGGAAAGGAUCGGUGUAUUUGUUCAAACUCCCACACUGUGGGCAUUAAGAAAACAUUGAUAUAUCACAUGGGCAGAGCGCCAAGAGGGGAGCGUACUGAUUGGGUGAUGCAUGAGUAUAGGUUAGAAGAUGAUGAGCUUAAGAAGGAUAACAUUGCACAGGAUUCAUAUGCGCUGUGCAAAGUAUACAGAAAGAGUGGACCUGGUCCCAAAAAUGGGGAGCAGUAUGGUGCCCCCUUCAAGGAGGAGGAGUGGUCCGAAGAAGCAAAUGAUGAGAGGCUGGAAGGUCUUAUGGAUGGUGCUGGUGCAUGUCUUAAAGAGCAGAUCACGCCUGAGGUCACAGUUAGAGGUAGCAGUGAUUCUUUUGAAAACUUAUUGUGCCAUGUCCCAGAUCAAACGACACCUGUGGAGCCUCCUUCAGACCCAGACCAGGGGGCUAAAGAUUUGGAUCAUAUCUUGAGGUGCAUUUUAGGUGACGAUGAAGAGGAUAAACAAUAUUUGCAAGAUCAUGCUAAUGGAUCCAAGGUUGUUGGUGAAGAUGAAAGCCAUGGUCAUGUAGUGGAUCCAUCUGGCAACGAAGAUUGGCUCCUGUGUGACUUACGGGAUGGAACCGAGACAAGCUUUCAGAGCGAGCAUUCGGUUCCAGGGCCCUGUCAACCUUCCCAAUAUCCAGUGGCGACCGAAGUCCAAGGCUUUGAACCAGACAUCCAAAUACAUGAUGAAGAUUUCUUGGAAAUUAGAGAUCUAAUUGAUCCAGAGUAUCCAGAGCCCAGCAUCCCAGUCCAACAAUUCAACAUCACAGAAAACCCAUAUCCUCCGUUGGAUGGAUUAAAUGAUCUUGAUCUUUAUUUCGACCCAUCUUUGUUAUUGCAUGAAGUAGGUAAUCCAGACAACUCUCAUUGGACGACACCACUUGUUAACCAAAUCGACCCACAAAAUGUCCAAUUUAAUGGCUCUAAUUUGGAGAACCAGUUGGAUUUCUACCCACCAUCUUCCUUUGUAAAUGAGUAUAGAGAGCCUGCCACUAACUUGGGAUGUGACUUAUGGGAUGGGGAGCUAGAGCAGCAUCAAGUUCUGGAUAGUAGUAGAUUGAGCGUGUUUGCAUCCACCGAGCUUAGCCAACAAAUGGUCAUGGAUCCGCCUUCUUCAGGCAUUGUGUAUAAUAGUGGCUCUUCUAUCAAUCCAAGUGGUGGUAUGGUGGUGGUGCAAGGGGGUGGAGGAGGGUCAUCUUCUUGGAUCAUGUCAAGGGUUUCAAACAUGUUAGAAUCAGUGCCGGCUUUAAAUGCAUCGGCAGCUGAGCACCCAUUGAUAGAGAAGGCCAUAAAGCGCAUGUCGAGCUUUGGAGGAAGGGCUUCAACCCCUUCACAGCAUGCUUCUUGCUCCUCUUCGAGCAAAUGCAGCGAGUGUGGUGGCCGAGCUUUGGGAGGGAGGAGGAGAGAGGAGAGAGCAAGUGGGGGUCUGGUGUUUGUCUUCUCAUUGGGGGCCAUGUGGGCUGCUCUCUGGGUGUUACUGAUUGCUGUCUUUGUGAAGUUCUUGAAGGUGCUCUUUGAUCGAUUCCUGAGACAUUAGGGAUUGUGUAUUAACUUUAUUUUGAUAGGUCUAGGUGAGAUCAAAUAUAGUAUAUGCAUAUAUAAUUAUAUAUAUAAAUAUGUUGGUUUAAAUAGCAAAACAUGGUAAUGUGUUUAUAUUAAGUAUAGCUUAUCAUGGUAGUCAAAAUUGAAAGGGCCCUUCAAGCACCCAAUGUGUAAUUUUGUAUAGAUUGUAGAUGAUUAUUGGAAUUCAUUGAUAUGAUAAUAUAAUCGCACGCUUGUAUUUGA